AAUCUUCAAAAUUAAAAUGACACUGUCAAUCUAAAUGUCAAUUGUCAUAAAAAAAUAACAAUCUUGUUUGAGAAUUCGUCAAAACAUGAGUCAAAAGUAAAUAGAUUUUAUUGUUCUUGUCGAUUACUCUAAAUUCUUAAUAUGGGCUUCUUGACAAUUUUAAAGAAACUGCGACAGAAGGAAAAAGAAAUGAGAAUCCUAAUGUUAGGUUUAGAUAAUGCUGGCAAGACAACAAUACUGAAGAGGUUUAAUGGUGAACCAAUCGAUACAAUAUCGCCAACUCUGGGCUUCAAUAUAAAGACUCUAGAACAUAAAGGCUAUAAACUCAAUAUUUGGGAUGUUGGUGGCCAGAAAUCAUUAAGAUCAUACUGGAAGAAUUACUUUGAGAGCACAGAUGGUGUAGCAUGGGUGGUAGACAGUGCAGAUGCCCGGAGACUUGCCGACUGUGCAAGGGAACUGCACUCACUGCUGAGAGAGGAGAGGCUAGCAGGAGCUACCCUACUGGUGCUUGCUAACAAAGCUGAUUUACCUGGUGCACUGACAUUGCAGGAGAUUAGAGAAGCAUUGGAUUUGGACAGCAUUAAGACUCAUCACUGGCGUAUAGUUCGCUGUUCCGCUGUCACUGGAGAGAAUCUUCUCGAUGGAAUGGACUGGAUGCUUGAUGAUAUCGCUUCUAGAAUAUUUACAUUAGACUAGUUUUGUAAUACUGAAUACAGCUUCAAAAUUAUCUUUAGUGUGCACACCUGAAACUAAACUAUCGCACAACUGUUUAGUCAUGCUUUGAUUACUAUAAACUUAUGUGGAGGUGCGCUCUACUCGAUUUUUAGUUGUGCAACUGAAGAGUUGCAUUAGUUGCGACGGAAUCAACAACCACACAACCGUAGUGUGAUAGUUUAGUCCAAGGUGCACUCUUAUUUUUUACAUAGCGCCUCUAAUUUUAUUUGCAAUCUGUAACAAAAAUAUUCUUGACUAUAACAAGUUUUCAGUCAUAUAAUUAUGUACUAAUUACUAAUUUAUUGCAGUCUUUUUGCUUUAGAAUCCAUUUUGCGUUAGGAUUUUGUUAUUAUAACAUUCCAUAUAUUUGGAAAAACUACAAGUCCUCAUACAUUUGAGUCUAUUUUAAUAUAUGACUGCUAGAAAAUGUAUUUUUUUUUAUUGUAGUAUUGCAGUGGAUAUUUUAUUAAAGGAAUUAAACAUAUUGAAUAAAAAUCCCUCUUUUGCUUGAUUGUGUAUAGAAAGCAUAGAAAUAAUUAACUUGUAUGUCUUUAUGGUAAAUUAUAGCAUUUCUUUACAUGGAGGAUCUGUGAUUUUUAAUUAUAU